GUUCAUGUAGGAGCAGAGGAAGCCGGGCGGCCAUCUUGGAUCAUCCGGGAGCGGCGGCGUUGUUGCCGCCGCCGCUGCUGCUGCGGCUACUGGUUGAGAGAGAGAGCCGAGGGAGCUGGUUUGGCGGCGGCAGAGGGUUCUCUUCUUUCAGUGUUUCCAACCCGGCCAAGCCUCCAGGCUGUGACGGGGAAGGUCUUUCUCCUUGGGUCUGAGCCUUCCCCUUCGGGAUAGGGGGUAUAGUAGGCAGCGAAGGAGUUGGGAGUUCUCCUGGAGAAGAAGGAAGAGGAGGGGGCGCGAUUAAGACAUGAGAGCCCGAGGCCCGGUGAAGCGAUCCGUGUAGAGUUAGAAAACGGCUGAGGGCUUGGCCCGCUUCCCUUUGACCAGCUCUUGGGUGGUGUGGUUCUUUCGCAGCCCACAGUGGUUGCGGGGAAAGCGGCGGCUGCUUUCCCCCUUCUUCCUCAGCAGCCUGCUAGUUGGGCUGUACCCGUAUUGCUGCAGCGUCCUACACCUCUCGCCUUUUACCCGCUCCCAUCUCUUCCCGGCUCUCCGCUUUUUUUCUUUCCUCUUAACGGCGCCGGACAAUUUUUGCCCCCCCCUUUUUUUUUUGGUGCUUGGUGAGAAUCUCCUCUAAUCUGUCAUCGUCCCUCCCUUCUAAAGACCGUAAUCUUGUCUAUAAGAUGAUUCCUGAAGAUUCCCAGGGGGAUAUAAUGCUUCAUUAUCAGACUGGAAGAUAGAUGAGAAAGAGGGGUAGCGGUGGUGGAGAAAAAAAAAAAAUCACUCAAAUUUUUCUUCCCCCGUACUACCUUUUCCUUUGAUGGUGGCACUUGAUAACUGCUAUCAUGCUGUAAAAUCACUUUUUUUUUGUAAAUAUAUAUGUAUAUGUGUUCGGAGGGAGGGAGGUGUUAGGAUUUUUUUAAAUUUUUAUAUAAUAAAUAGUUGGAUUUUGCCAUUGCAAACGGUGCUUCAGCUAAGUGAAUGAAAAUGUCUACUAGAACUCCAUUGCCCACGGUGAAUGAACGGGACACUGAAAACCAUACCUCUCACAGUGAAGGACGACAGGAAAUUUCCUCCCGAACUAGUCGGUCUGGGGCUCGCUGUAGGAAUUCUAUAGCUUCCUGUGCAGAUGAGCAGCCUCAUAUUGGGAAUUACAGACUCCUUAAGACAAUUGGAAAGGGAAAUUUUGCAAAAGUGAAACUGGCCAGACACAUCCUAACUGGCAGAGAGGUUGCAAUAAAAAUAAUUGACAAAACUCAAUUGAAUCCAACUAGUCUACAAAAGCUGUUUAGGGAAGUAAGGAUAAUGAAGAUUUUAAAUCAUCCUAACAUAGUUAAAUUAUUUGAAGUAAUUGAGACUGAAAAAACACUCUACUUAAUCAUGGAAUAUGCAAGUGGAGGGGAGGUAUUUGAUUAUCUAGUUGCACAUGGAAGAAUGAAGGAAAAAGAGGCAAGAGCGAAAUUUAGACAGAUAGUAUCUGCAGUACAGUAUUGCCACCAAAAGCAUAUUGUUCACAGAGAUCUCAAGGCAGAAAAUCUAUUACUUGAUGCAGACAUGAACAUUAAAAUAGCCGAUUUUGGUUUUAGUAACGAGUUUACAGUUGGUAAUAAACUGGACACAUUUUGUGGCAGCCCUCCCUAUGCUGCUCCAGAACUCUUCCAAGGCAAGAAAUAUGAUGGACCUGAAGUAGAUGUUUGGAGCUUAGGUGUCAUUCUUUAUACUCUUGUGAGUGGAUCUCUACCUUUUGAUGGGCAGAAUCUAAAGGAACUCAGAGAGAGAGUGUUAAGAGGAAAAUACAGGAUUCCUUUCUACAUGUCAACAGAUUGUGAAAACCUGCUAAAACGUUUCCUGGUGCUAAACCCAACUAAAAGAGGCACUCUUGAGCAAAUAAUGAAGGACAGAUGGAUCAAUGCAGGACAUGAGGAUGAUGAACUUAAACCUUUUGUGGAACCAGAAUUAGACAUCACAGACCAGAAGAGAAUAGAUAUUAUGGUUGGAAUGGGAUAUUCUCAAGAAGAAAUUCAGGAAUCUCUCAGUAAAAUGAAAUAUGAUGAAAUCACUGCUACAUACUUAUUACUGGGGCGGAAAUCAUCAGAGUUGGAUGCUAGUGACUCAAGCUCUAGCAGCAACCUUUCUCUUGCUAAAGUCAGGCCAAGUAGUGAUCUCAACAAUAGCACUGGACAGUCUCCACAUCACAAAGUUCAAAGAAGUAUAUCUUCCAGCCAGAAGCAGCGAAGGUACAGCGACCACGCCGGUCCAUCUAUUCCUCCAGUAGUAGCAUACCCUAAAAGGAGCCAGACGAGUACUACUGACAAUGAUCUCAAAGAAGAAGGAAUUCCAUCAAGGAAGUCCAGCAGCAGUGCAGCUGGAGGAAAAGGAAUUGCUCCUGCUAGCCCUAUGCUUGGGAAUGCAAGCAAUCCAAAUAAAGCUGAUAUACCUGAGCGUAAAAGAAGUUCUGUUACACCCAAUAGCAACACUACACCUGGAGCUAUGACACGGCGAAACACUUACGUUUGUAGUGAACGAACUGCUGCAGACAGACACUCUGUAAUUCAAAAUGGCAAGGAAAGCAGUACCAUUCCUGAUCAGAGAACACCAGUUGCUUCAACUCACAGUAUCAGCAGUGCAACAACACCCGAUCGUAUCCGAUUCCCAAGAGGAACUGCCAGUCGUAGUACUUUCCAUGGUCAGCUUAGAGAAAGGCGCACUGCCACCUAUAAUGGACCCCCUGCGUCACCUAGUUUAUCUCAUGAGGCAACACCACUUUCACAGACACGAAGUAGGGGCUCCACUAAUUUGUUCAGUAAAUUGACUUCAAAGCUGACUAGAAGCUAUGCCUUGGCACUCGCAGCCACAGCAGGCCAGAAUUGUAGUUCUCCUCGCUCCAACCUCUGCUUGCAUCAAGGAACCAGCAGCCGGGCAGGAGGAGGACAAGGAUGGGCGCAAGGUGACACGCUGCUUCCAGCCCAGUCCGGCUGGCGGAUGGGUGAGCAGGCAGCCCUCAGGGAAGAACGCUGCACUGGGUGACACAUCUCCCAGUUGCAGGCUGCAGGCAGGGCCCGAGGUGGAGGGGUGAACUUCCCCGGUUGGCACAUGGCGCUGCCGAAGUGGUGGGGCUGAGAGUGCUGCCGCCGGCUACGGAACAGCUGUCACGCCAGGAAACAGGCUGGUAAAUGGUUGUCUUCCAUUAUGAGGCAUACCGGCCCUCUUGGAAAAAGUGGGGCACAUACAUGUGCAGUGGGGGGAGGUGCAUGCGCACGGGGAGUGUUGUGGGUGGUCAUGCGCACAUGCACAAAUGGGUGCACCCAUUGCAUUAUGUAUGCUGGCGCGCAGGAGUGCAAGAGUGCUCGUGCACUCAGAUUUUUGGCACGCAACACCAAAAAUGUUCCCCAUCACUGCUAUAUAGCCUCAAAAUGAAAAUCUGAGAAUGUAACAGUUCCAAACAUAACAUCUUUUACACCUUUUUGUCUACUUUCAAAUAAUUAAAUUUACAGUUGCAGAUUUUACAAGAAAUGUGAGAAAGAGAAUUGUUUCUGAGGGCAUUUAUCUUUGUUUGGAAUUAUUGAUUACUAGGAGCUGCAUCUCCAAAACUCCCAUGUUUCAGGGGAUCCCAGUUGCAAUUAAUUAAGCAAAUGGGUAAAGUCCAUUUCUUAGUUGUAGAACAGGGCUAUCAAACUCCUGGCCCGUGAUCCAGAUGCAUCACGCACUGGCCUUGCCCACACCCAGUUUAGCAAAGGGGAAAAAAGUCCCGAUACAUCAUGUGACGCCACCGUGACGACGUGAGUUUGACACCCUUGUUGUAGAAGAUGUUUUGCAAGUAGAACCAAGUUCUAUCUUCAAUACUUCCAUGUAAAUUUCGAUGUCUGGGGUACUGCAUAUAAUUUGAUUAACUGAAGUUAUUGUGUUUUUUUCACGAAAAAUCUCCGAUGCUCCUCAGCUGCUUUCUGUAAGAGAGGUUUACUGUUCCACCAUUGCUUAGAUCAUUUUAAUGAUGCCUGAUUAGGGUUUAAAUCACACGUGCAAUAUUAAUCUUUGCCUGUACUAAUGCAUUGAAUAUCCAAUACAAAUCUUAUGACUAUUCAUUUGGUAGAGGGAACUUGGACAUGGAGUAUGGAUAAAGGAGAAUGUUUGGAGUUCUGUUAACAAAAGUUAAGAGCUCUGCGGGAGAUUUUUUGGGCCAUCUAGUUAAUUUCUUUCACUGAAUACUAGAGGUUUUACUUUUUAAAAGUCAUUUUAGUCCAAAACUAGAAUCUACAAAAUUCAACAAUUUGGGAAUUAAAUGUUUUGUUCCUGAGUAGGCAAAUAUUGUACAUCCCUAACCCAAAAUAUUCAAAUACUUACAACGUGAGUUCCCAUUGUAUCUGAAUUUUUUGAAGAAUGUCUGUAAACAUCCUGAAAUGUGCAUAGUACUCUUGAAUCAUACAUAAUUUAUUGGCAUACUUUUUAAGCAAAGUCCUUUUGACUAGUUAAUCAUAUUUGUAGAACCUUGUUUAAUGUACAUAUAUGUUGCCAUGUUCAGAACAGAUUCCUAAAAUAUGUACAUUCAGAAAGUAGUAUUUUAUACGUAGUUACCAAAGAUGUAAUACGUGCAUUAUUUCUGCAAGUAAUCAGAGUUAUUUAUACAACUGAUCAAAUAUUUAACUUUCACUCCAAAAUGUAGUAUUUUUAUGCUUGGAAUGAUCCGUACAUAUUUCCCAAACCAUCAUCCUUUGCCUGUGUAUUUUUACCCUACAACAAUGUUGUUUUAGGCAUUUAAAGCAUUAAACAAAAUAUGAGUGUUUUAUCUUAUUCGAAAUAUUUGUGAAUCUGUCCUUGGAGAGUAGCAGAUUUAGGUCAUAUAAUGAGGAAAUAAAUUGGAAAAAUACAUUUUUUCUUUUUUUUUUCAAGUCCCCAGUGUUUUAAAAUAUACUGCUUUAAAUGUAGAUAUUCACUUAUAGGGAGAAGCAGGCAGAAAUGAUUAAAUCACUCCUAUUUAAAUCACCUGAUUAUUUCUCUCAAGCUCAGGGAAUGUAGAGGAAAUUCAGGGGAAAAAAGGCAAAACUACUUGUCAGUUUUUUCUGUCCAGUUUUUGAUGACCUUUUUCUUCUUGAAUGCCUAGUGAGAUCUUCUGUUCUGAUAAUAUUGUACAGAGAAUCAGCAUUUGUGGGUUGGUGAAGCAAGUCGUCCUCCACCUCCCUCCUCUGAGGGCUGAUAUCCUUUGUUUUUAUAGUGUCUACCAGAACAUGUGCAUACUGUCUACAGUGAUCUAUUACAAUAGUAUACUAUACAGUAAUACACUGACCUAAUUUAACUGUUUUUGGUUAAUGAUAAAAUGUAGAAAGCAGAAGUGACAUGAAAUGAUUGAUCCUCAGCUACUCAGAAGAGGUCCUAGCUCAACUGUUGAUAAGUACUAGGAGCACACAGAGAAGGAAAAUGUUGAAUUCCUCAUACUGAAAGGCCAUUCAUUUCAAUAGCUAUUUUUAAUUUAAUUAAUUAACUUGAAGUGUUUCCCUAUUUCAUUCAGCUAGACUUAUUCUGUGUCUCACACAAUGAAUAGAUUUUCAGUUUAUUUCAUAAUAACCCAUUUGUUAAUUAUUAUUUUGGCUUUAAUU